GCCGCGCCGGCCAGGCUGCCAGAGCUGCGCCUGCCCAGCGCCCGGGGCUGCCGCCCCGCCAGGACGAGGGAAGGAGGGCGCUGCCUGCGGGGAGGAAGCUGGAUGAAGACUCGUGCCUCCGGGCGGGUUCGCCAGCCCCUCGGGCAUGAAGGGGACGGCGGGGACUCUGCCCUGCCCCGCAGCCGAGCGGGGACAUCAGGAAGACAGCUGCCUUCAGAUGAUACAGAACUCACUGACAGUUGCUCUUGCUUCCGUCCUACUUCAUGAGAACAUCAGAAGAUACUGAGCAGAUGGUACGUGAACAAUACACUACAACAACACCAGGCACUAGCCUAGAGAGGCCGAAGAAUGAAUAUGUCUACAAAAUUGGAAUUUAUGGCUGGAGAAAGCGUUGCCUCUACCUGUUUGUUCUCCUCCUGCUUAUCAUCCUCGUUGUGAAUUUUUCUUUGACAAUUUGGAUUCUUAAAGUGAUGUGGUUUUCCCCAACUGGAAUGGGACACCUGCGUGUCACGAAAGAAGGCCUUCGUCUGGAAGGGGAAUCGGAAUUCUUAUUCCCUCUUUAUGCCAAAGAAAUCCAUUCUCGAGUGGACUCAUCACUGCUUCUCCAGUCUACUCACAAUGUGACUGUGAAUGCUCGCAAUUCAAAUGGGGAAGUCACAGGCAGAUUAAAUGUGGGUCCUAAAAUGGUAGAAUUCCACGGUCAGCAAUUUCAGAUCAACUCAAAGGAUGGCAAGCCACUUUUUACAGUGGAUGAAAAUGAGGUUGUAAUUGGCACAGAUAAACUUCGAGUCACAGGGCCUGAAGGAGCACUUUUUGAACACUCUGUAGAAACACCACUUGUGAAGGCAGAAGCUUUUAAACAGCUCAGGCUGGAAUCACCAACUCGAUCUUUGAGCAUGGAUGCACCACGAGGAAUUAAUAUCAAAGCGCAAGCUGGCAAUAUUGAAGCUCUUUCCCAGAUGGAUAUCAAACUACACAGCAGUGAUGGUGUGCUUUUGCUCGAUGCUGAAACUGUGCGACUGCCCAAACUGCCUGAGGGUACAAGAGGUGGAUCCGGUAUUUCUCAGGGGCUCUAUGAAAUCUGCGUUUGUCCAGACGGAAAGCUCUACUUGUCAGUGGCCGGCGUAGGCUCCACUUGCCAAGAAUACAGCCGUGUCUGCCAGUGAGGCACCAGAAAAGGCUGCACACCCUCUUGCUAGUCUGAGUUUUAUAUUAUUGCUAAAGAGCAUCACCGAAAGCAGAAUUUUCAGAAUUUUAAAAACAAAAAGUACUUCAGUUUAGAAAACAAAUCUGUAUCUACAACUCUGGACUACAGGGUGAAAGGGGAAGAAGAGCACAAAUGACAUUUCAACUUCAGAAGAAUAACUUUUGAAUAAAAUUAUAUGUUCUGUCAGUAACACUUGGAAAACAGCCUUACAGAGAGCAUAAAAAAAAAAUAAAAGGAGUAUGUUUCCUUGCUGAACUAUUAUUCAGUCAGAUGAUUAUGUCAUUGUUAAUAUUUUUGAGCUCUGUGGGUUUUUUCUCUCACUACAUGUAAACACUGCAUUAGUGGGUGAAAUUAAAUUGAGGGAACUACUUGAACUAUUUGCUAAAACAAAGCAUUAUUUGGGGAAUUCAGAAAGUGCCAGCAAAUGGUCUAUGCAAUUUUGUUCCUGCAAUAACACAAGAUAUGAAAAAUGUAGUAUUUGUAUAAGUUCUGUGUAAAAGUUGUUAAUUUGCUAAUAGCUUUCUAUUUUAAUUUGGCAACAUAUAUGCUGAUUUGCUUAUUACUGAGAUUCAUAUAAAAAUAACUAAUACAAAAAGCUCCAGGAGUCAUUUAUACCUCCCUGUGUCUCAAAUCUGUUCACUAUACAACAGAGAAAUAUGUUAAUAUAUUUUAUAAUAGUAAUAGUUUGUUGUACUGCCUGUACCGUCAUACUUGUUUAAACCCUUUUAUAUUUUAGGACAUGCUAAUUCAACAAGGCAAUUUGCUCUGCCAGCUGGACUAGUAAAAAGAAAAAAAUAUGUGGCUCCAGAUUGUCUGACACAAGGAACUGUUUGGGCGGUGGGGAAAAAAAAUCCUUUUUUGCAGCCCACAGGAUUCAAUUAAGAGGACUAUUUCAUUUCCAUCUGCAGCUGUUGACUGAUAUUUCUGAUCCUGUCAGAGUGGGACUCCAUCACAAACGGAGAGAGUAAAACUACUCUUUAUUAUUUUUUACAUUAGGACUUUGGAUACAAAAUAAAUGCUCACCAGAGUUGACAAACCAUUUAUUGACCUUGUAGAGAAACACAACUGCAGACCCUUUCCCCUGUACAGUGUUGCACUGAACUCAAAUAAAUUGUUUGCACACCUCUGGGUA